GUUUAGUGACUGCUAAUUGAGAGAGAGAGAGAAUGGGUCUGCUCUCACAGAGAGUAGGAAGAAGCGAUAUAGCAGCAGGUGACCACAUAUACAGUUGGAGAACCGUCUUCGCUUACGCUCAUCAUGGAAUAUAUGUUGGUGGAAACAAAGUGGUCCAUUUUACUCGUGAAGAAAAGAUGGACUCAACUGAAUAUCCUUUUCUCAGUUCUACUCCCAGUUCAGGAUGCUCAAGUAUUCCUGACUGUGGAUUUCGGAAAAGUGAAAGCGGAGUAGUUCUAUCUUGCUUGGAGUGUUUUCUCGGGGAAGGAUCGUUGUAUUGCUUUGAGUAUGAGGCGAGCCCCUCUGUUUUCCUUACAAAAUUCCGCGGAGGCACAUGCACCACUGCGAAAUCUGAUCCCCCUGAAGCGGUGAUCCACAGGGCCAUGUAUUUGCUUCAAAAUGGGUUCGGCAACUAUGACAUCUUCGAGAGAAACUGCGAGGAUUUUGCCUUGUACUGUAAAACCGGCCUUGUCAUUCACGACCAGGGAGGUUUGGGGAGAAGCGGUCAAGCUUGUGCUGUUAUAAGUGCGCCUUUGGCAGCCAUGCUUUCUUCCCCGCUCAAGCUAUUCACAUCGAGCCCUGUGGGUAUGGUGUUGGCAACAGCCGGGAUGUAUUGCUUUAGCAGGUACGCGACUGACAUUGGCGUGAGGGCGGAUGUCGUUAAGGUGAAAGUCGAGGACAUGGUUUUGUUCCAUGGCUGUGAAGUUAUCACCAACAAUGAGUGCUGUAAAAGAGAGCUCAAUCAUGACCAAACAGACAUGCCCACCCUUAAGCGGGCGCGAUGUAGCUGAUAUAAAGAUUUUGAAGGUUUUGUUUUUGGUCAUUGCAUAUGCUCUGAUUGAAUUAUAGAUGGGGUAUGACCCUUCAUGGCAUAUAGAUAUGUGUUGUUUAGAAGUUAGAAUUUCUUGUUCCCCCAUUCUCAGUAUUGAUCUUAGCAGAUGUGCUCAUGUGCUUUUGAUAGUAGUAAGCACAGCAUAGCUGCUAUUUUAAAGACUAGAGAUAUAUUCUUGCCUCUUCAAGAAAUAGAAGUUUAUAUAGUACGGAGUAUAUAUUUUGUAUUGAAAGUUUAAAAUAGUAUAAGGUAUUUGUAAGAAUCAAAGUUGUCCAUUCGGCCA